AUGAAGAUCAACCAAUCGUCCUUCCUUCUUUUCCUUCUUCCUGCCAUUUCGGCCGCACUCGCCGACACAUACAACGACAACAUUGAUUCCCGAGUCUCGCGUGAGAUUGCUGGCAACAAUGCUCGUCUCGUUGACUCGGAUAUAGUUGCAUCCAAUGUCGCCAAAGGGGCGCCGGACGUCCCUGUGGAUGGCAAGGAUGGCAGACCGCACGCUGGUCCGUGGGUGGAAACCAACGCAGACCGGGACAACAAAGUUGUCAAGGGAAGCGAUGAUGUUGAUCAAAUUUCUACCAAAUAUGACACCAAGAUUCCCUCUUCGGAGCACCUGAGCACCGAAGACGGGAAAGUGAUUCCUCACUCAAACGGCGGCGUUAUGGAUGAUCCGUAUCGGGCGAGCCCGAAAGAAGGGACACGGGGGACAGAGGGUGGCGUGUCUGAGAAAGGAAAGGAGAAUCAAUUAGCCUCGGAAAAAGUGCCCGGAGGGCCUAGGGAAGCGCCUCCGCUGCCACAUAGCGAGACCAAGAAAGUAGUCUUUGACAGCGAGGACACGACGACCGAGAGUGGAAGCCGCUCUGCGGAGGGUCCAGGAAGCCUUGGUAUGCUCGAGAAACCCGCUGAGCUGCCUGAAAAGACAUACGAUAUCCCACCCCCCAAGCCCCCCGCCACGGUCAAGGGUGAUCCUCUGGGUCUUGGCCACGACUCAGUCGCCUCAGGGUCAACUUCGAGUUCACCCUCAUCCUCAUUGACCCAAGACCACGACCACGAACAUGAUACCCCCGAUGCAAUGCACUCCCUUAUAUUCUCUUUCACCAUGAUUAUUGUCUCUGAAAUCGGCGACAAGACUUUCCUUGUGGCUGCUCUGAUGGCCAUGAGACAUCCCCGCUUGGUGGUGUUCAGCGCCGCAUUCAGCGCCUUGAUUGGCAUGACUGUUCUUUCGGCCGUUCUAGGCCAUGCAGUUCCUACUCUUAUCCCUAAGACCUUCACCAAGUUUAUGGCUGCCAUUUUGUUCUUAGUUUUCGGUGUGAAGAUGCUCAAGGAAGGUCGUGAAAUGUCUCCAGAUGAAGGUGUUGGUGAAGAGAUGCGAGAGGUCGAGGCGGAGCUCGAAGAGAAGGAGCACGAGCAAUUGCGCAUGGGCCGCCGUCGCUCCUCGGUUACUCCUCACAAUCUUGAAGCAGGUCGCGCUGGAGGCCGUCCGAAGACCCGCGGCUCCGGAAACCGCCUGCCUUCGCCCCCCGAGAGCUUGUCCUCAUCCUCGUCCCGUGGCUCUUCCCCUCAACCCCGGCAACGGUUGAACGAUGUCGUUUCUGGGCUGACCAACCUCUUUUCCCUGCUUCUCAGCCCCGCGUGGGUCCAGACCUUUGUCAUGACUUUCCUCGGCGAAUGGGGCGACCGCAGCCAAAUUGCCACCAUUGCCAUGGCAGCUGGCCAGGACUAUUGGUGGGUGACGAUCGGAGCUAGCGCUGGUCAUGGAAUCUGCACUGCAGCCGCCGUCAUUGGCGGACGGGCCAUCGCUGGCCGGGUCAGCAUGCGUGUUGUCACUCUGGGCGGUGCUGUGGCUUUCCUCGUGUUUGGCAUCAUCUACUUCAUUGAAGCCAUCUUUUAA